UAUAUUGCCUUUCCAAAUUGAAUAGUUGUGUAAUAAAAGUGGAAAAUUACUUGGGAGUAUUUUUUUUAUUAUUUUUUUAGAAGGGAAAAGUUGCGAUUAAUUUUAUUUUAUUUUUUUUUGAAAGAAAGUUGCGAGUAAUUUAUAAAACCCACACCUUCCUCUUUCUCUCUCGUUUCUUGGACCCUCCAUUUUUCUCUCACUAAAAAAAUUACGGUAAGAAAAAGCUUCCUCACAUAAAACCAAAAUAAUAAAGGAAAUUAAAAAUCCCUUUCUCCAAAUAGUACUGAUUUUCUAGUUUUUAUAAUAAAUUAUUUAUUUUCCUUUUUAUUUUUCCCAUGUACUAUAAUUUUCUAUUUCCUGGUAGUUCCUCUGUAUCAUGCUUUGCUUUGGUUUGCUCUUUCUUCUUCUUUCCUGGAGCCAUCAAGUUUCUAGAUAGCUCCAAAUUUCAUCUUCUAAAUGUUGGAUCAACCUACUUCCUACUCUGAUUUCUCGGCAAAUUCAUAAUCUUUUUGAGUUUGCACAUUGCCGAGGUUAUAUAAUAAAGUUGGUUACUUGAGGAGGGGUUUGAUGGGUUGAGGCUUAUGCUCAAGCAAACAAUGGAUACUUGCAGUGAUCCUGGUGAAAACCAGUUUUUUGAUGCUCUUGAGGAGAUUAUUGAUUCGGGUUCCGAUUGCGAUUUGCGUUCGAGUUCUUCCCGUGAAGCUAGUUGUUCUGUGUCUAGUAGUGCACAAUUUGAUGUGUGGAUACAAAAUCCAGAAAGUGUUGAAUCUCGUCGUAGUAAAUUCUUUAAUUGGUUGGGGUUUGAUGUAAAUAACAAGUUUUCUGGUGAUUGUUGUGAAGAAAGUUGUGGUUCUGAAAUUGAGGUUGAUAGGAUUACAAAUGUUAAUGGUAAUGAGCUGAGAAACAGAAGAUUUGAGUGUCAGCUUUCGUCGAGCAGGCGUCCUGUAUCAUUCUGUUCUUUUGAUGAUACGGAGUUGUCUGGAAAUCUGACUCAUAAGAAAAAUGUAGGUGAGGGAUUGAAGGGCAAUGUGGUUGUUGAAAACCACGAAUCGCGUUCAGAUGAUGCUGUCAGAGCACAUCAGUCUGAGGGCAGUUUGUGCUCUUCUUCGUCGAGUGAAGGAUUUUCACCUGUUGAAAACACAGAAAUGAGCAGUUCAGUGGGUCCUACCAAGAAGGUGAAGAAGUGGUGGUUGAACAGAUUACGCAGCUUUAAUUGUGUUAUGGAGGGAGAACCUGAAUCAUGUAACUGUGAUUCAUCUGCUAGGGGAGGAAUUCAGAGAGUGAAGGUUCAUCAAACAAAGAAACAGUCAAAGGAAUUUUCAGCCCUAUACUAUGGCCAGAACAUCCAAGCUCAUAAAGGCGCGAUUUUGACAAUGAAAUUCAGUCCUGAUGGGCAAUUCUUGGCUAGUGCCGGGGAGGACAGAAUUGUACGCGUGUGGCAAGUGGUGGAGGAUGAUAGAUCGAAUGAGAUCGACAUUCCGGAAAUGGAUCCAUCAUGUGUGUACUUCACAAUGAACCAUCAAUCUGAAUUGAAACCCCUCAGCCAUGAUAAAGAGAAAAACAGCAAAUUGAAGAAAACUUCUGAUUCAGCCUGUGUGGUUCUUCCUCCAAAGGUGUUUCGGAUAUUGGAAAAGCCAUUACAUGCGUUUCAAGGCCAUAGGAGUGAAGUAUUGGAUCUAUCAUGGUCCAAAAAUGAUUGUCUCUUGUCAGCAUCAGUGGAUAAAACUGUUCGUUUGUGGCGAGUGGGAACCAACCAUUGCCUUAGAGUCUUUCCACAUAAUAACUACGUAACAUGCGUUCAGUUUAACCCUGUUGAUGACAAUUGCUUCAUUAGCGGGUCAAUAGAUGGGAAGGUUCGCGUUUGGGGAAUAUCUGAUUGUAAGGUUGUCAAUUGGACUGAGACUAAAGACAUAGUAACUGCCGUGUGUUAUCGCCCUGAUGGCCAGGGAGGAAUAAUUGGGUCGAUUGCAGGGAGUUGCCGUUUUUACAGCAUAUCAGAUAAUCAAUUGGAGUUAGAUGCUCAGAUCUUUUUGCACAAUAAGAAGUCAUCUGGGAAACGGAUAACUGGUUUUCAGUUCUUUCCUCAAGACCCAAACAAAGUGAUGAUCUCAUGUGCUGAUUCACAAGUUAGGAUUCUUCAAGGGGUAAAUGUGAUUGGAAAAUACAAGGGCCUUCGAAGAACUGGUGCUCACUGCACUGCGUUUUUCACUGCUGAUGGAAAGCAUAUAGUUGCUGCAUCUGAAGACUCCAAUGUCUAUAUUUGGAAGUGUAAUGAUCAGGACUACACCGACUCGUCAAAGACAAAGAAGAUCAAGUCUUCUGAGCGGUUUCUUUCCAAUGCGUCUGUUGCACUACCUUGGCCAGGGCUACAAAACGAUGUCAACAGAACUCAGUGGCGUGAUGGUGCUUUUAAUGGUUUGCCUCAUGGUUCGCGCCCUUACUUUUCUCCACCUCAUUUCUCCUGUAGGCAGGAUUUCUUCUUAGAGCUGUAUCAUCCUAAAGGUUCCGCAUUAUGGCCCGAGGAAAAGCUCGUCUCCCCAAGCCGUUCUCCCAGUUUAACAUCUUCAAUGCACAAAUCUGAGUACAGAUUUCUGAAAACUUGUCAGAGCAGAUCUGAUUCCAAUGCCUGGGGAAUGGUUAUUGUAACUGCUGGAUGGGAUGGCAGGAUCAGAUCAUUCCAUAAUUAUGGAUUACCAGUACCCCAUUGAAAUUCCUGGUUUUAACAAUAUUUCAGGAAAAGUUGGAAAAAUACAGUGGGGUGCAUCGCGCUUUCUGGUGGGUCCAUGCCAGAUAUCUCCGCUUAGCCUCUUGCUAUAAUGCGAUGCUGAGGUUAGCCUAUUACGGAUGCUAAUCACGGGCAAAUCCCAACAUAAUCAUAUGAUUCUUCCAUUCAUUUACCAUGAGAAUUUAGCGUGAGGUGGCCCAGAAAGGAGCAAUUCAUGUGCUUAAUUUUGGCUAUUUGGGAUUGCAUAUCCAUGUGAUAGGAGCAUAUUUAAGCUUUGUGGGGUCUUUGAGUGGAACCUCUUUUGAUAUCUUCCUCUUAAAAUUGUGUGGAAGGUGAUUGCAAAACUGGUGGGUUUUAUCCCCGGGAGGAGGAAAUUUUUGGAGUGGGGAAGCCUCAGCCUUUAUGCUAUAUUGGCUCUUAUAGAAUGAUUUAAAUUCGCCUGUCCGCCAUUUGGAUGUUGUCUCCAUGGUUAGGCCCAGGCACAUUUGGGUUUAAGAAAAAGUUUAAAAGAGCUGGUGGGGUUCAAUGGGGCUUGGCUCAUCGGUCCGUUGCUAAAAAGUGGAGAUAAACCCAUGUUCCUGUUUGGUUGCAAGUCAACAUCCAGCAUUAGUAUACAAGUGUUCAAGACGAGAGAGCAAGAAUGACAUUUUUCAAGCUGUAGGUAGGAGGAAUGCAGCAUAUAGUCUCUGCUAUCUGCUGGUAAAUAUACCCUUUUUUCGGGUUAAAUAGAGAGUCAAAUAUGCGUGUUUAGGACAAUUACUGACAUUUUAUGUACUAACACCAUAGUUUAGGAUUUACUAGAUCUAUCAGGUUAGAUCUUCGGUCUAUGCAAAUUGUAAGUUAACUUGUGUAAAUGAUUUUUUUUUUUUUUUUUUGGUCACCCUCCUACCCUUUCGGGUCAUGUAAAGCCACAAUGGCCAAUACAACGAUUAAAUUGGGGGAGGAGGAUUCGAAUACUGGAUCUAAUGUAUCCAAUAUCCCGGUCUAUAUAUGAAGAUGAGAGUGUACUUGGUCUA